AUGCUUUCUGCAUUAAUUUGCCAUUUCAACUUCGUUUGCCAGCAUGAUCUUCUCUUUAAAAAACUUAAUAUUUCAGAUGGUCCACGAAGAGAGUCACUAGGAGAUUCGGAAACUUUCGAUGUUUCAGAUAAAUGGAGACCAUUUCGAAUUAAGUUUAAUUAUGAUUUCAUGGAUGGAAAGAAGGAAUAUCCACUGCGAUGUGAUCGCGUUGGUCAAGUUUUAGAUUCAGGAUUCCGUUGUGAAAAAGAAAAUGUAUUGACAGAUGCCCAAAGAAACGCCCUUAAACAAACAAUAGACAAUGUAAUAAAGUUCUUACAAAAUACUAUCAAAGUUAAAUCAUUACGUUUUCCUAUUAAAGUUUCUAAUUUAGAAGAUUACGGAGAUUUUGAUGAAAUUGUUUUUAAUGAUGCAGAUUUAGGAAUUGUUGCUACAUCAAUUGCUUUAGAUUCAACAAAUUCAAUAAUAGCUGCAGCAGCACCAAGAGUAUUCAUUAAACCAUCAUAUAGACCAUAUAUUGGAGUAAUGUACUUUAAUCCAAGAUUUGUUCCUGAAAAACCAUGUGAUUACACAGAUUUCGAAAGCAAAUUCUUUUACACUGUCCUUCAUGAGUUGACACAUGCUAUUGGUUUCCUUUCCUCAGCGUAUUGGAGUUUCCAUCCUUAUGAACAAGAAGAUAAAUUAUAUAUAACCAGUACUUGUCAAUUAACAAAGUAUAACAAAAAAUACAAUUUCUUAGUUACUCCUUAUGCCCAUCUUUAUGCAAAGAAGAGAUUCGGUGUUGACAAAUUCUAUGGAGAUAAGAAUAAGUCAUGCCCUGCAGGUAUCGAAUUAGAAGAUCAAGGCGGACAAACCACAGCAGGAUCACAUCUUGAAAAUGAACUUAUUAUACUGAAUAUAUGGUUGGAUCUGUUCCUAAUGUUGAUGCGCCAUUUCAAAAGUUUAGUGAUGCAACAAUGGCUGUUUUAA